CCACAAACAGAGUGAGAUAGAAAGCAGAGGGAAACUUAAAGGGUCUUGCAUUAGGAAGGCUGUUUGCCAUGGAAAGCACUUCAUAAGUUCUUGGAGAGGGUCUGCCCUUGAAGACUUUUUUCUUUUUGACUGAAUCAAAAGCACAACUUUUGUCCACACAAGAAAAGGGGAAAAAAUGAAGGAACAGGGGGUCUCUCAGCGGAAGACAGUGGACGUAACCCGACCCAAAGUUUGGCUGAGGAAUGAACUUUUACGUGUCGGACUUGCUGAAUUCCUAUGCACAUAUGUGAUGAUGGCUCUGGGGAUGGGCUGUGUGGCGCAGGUGGUGACUGGACAGGGGGAAUUUGGAAACUUCCUCAGCAUCAACAUAGGUUUCGGGCUGGCUGUUGCUAUGGGGGUUCAUGUUGGAGGAAAUGUCUCAGGAGCUCAUAUGAACGGAGCUGUGUCGUUUACAAUGUGUGUGUUUGGACGCUUAGCGUGGAAGAGGCUGCCUCUGUAUAUUCUCGCCCAGCUGAUCGCAUCAUUUCUUGCAGCAGCAACAAUCUAUGGAGUCUAUUACGAGGCCAUAUCUGACUACAGUGGAGGAAACCUGACUGUAACUGGGCCAAAGGCCACAGCUGGCAUCUUUGCCACCUAUCCUGCACCAUACCUCUCCUUGAUGGGUGGAUUUAUUGACCAGGUCUUUGGCACAGCAAUGCUGCUUCUCUGCCUGAUGGCUCUGUCCGACCAGAGGAACAAACCAGCUGCUGGGGGCGGGGAACCUCUUGUGGUGGGGCUGGUGGUGGUCCUCAUUGGCAUGUCUCUGGGCAGCAACAGCGGCUACGCCAUCAACCCCACCCGAGACAUCGCUCCCAGGGUCUUCACGGCCAUCGCGGGCUGGGGAGUGGAUGUGUUCAGGUCUGGAAAUGGGUGGUGGUGGGUACCCCUUGUGGCUCCGCCCAUCGGAGGCGUGCUGGGAGCCGGGGUCUACAAGGCGUUUGUGGAGCUGCACCACCGGCCCCUGUCCGGGCAGGGGGAGGAAUCUAUCCCCCUGAAGAAAGAAGAAAACAACUGUGCUGAUAGAAAAGCAGCUGAAGAAGUGACCUUGAGAAGUGUUAUAAAUAAAAUAUAGCACAUCAACAUAUCACAUAGCRGUUUACAAAGUCAGGGACCUUCAGGAUCCUUGAAUUUUCAGGGACUAUAAAGAGUGGCWAACAACCCCCCAUAUAGUGCAAGGAUACUUUUGAAAAUAAACCCAAAGCAGGAGGAGCUGUGCUCCUCGCAGCAGGAAGGAGUCAGUGGACAUUCCCACCAAUCCUGUCAACAGCAGCCUGUGGACAAAAACAGUUAAAUAUCUUAUUUCUAAUCCAAAUCUGGAUGUUUGAUCAGGCAUGAGAUCACAAGAAGGAAAUGGAACAACAUGAAUAAAAGUGCUGUAGCUUGCAUCAGUUCAUAAAUACAGUAUUAAUUUAUUAUUUAAAGUACAAGUAGACAUGCUCAAUAUGUAUGCUAAAUGUGAAUAAUACUGCAGGUUGUGUCAGGUGCAUAAAGUAAGUGGUGACAGAGUUUAUGAGGUCUGCUGUAACUUUUGGUUUUCAUUACACUAACAUGACUGUUUCACACUGAG